AUGGCUUGCACUACGUCAUUUGAACCUAUAGCAAUAAUUGGCAUGUCUUGUGAAUUUGCUGGUGACAUCCAUACACCCAUCGAUUUGUGGAAGGCACUUGAGGAAAGCCGUGAUCUCGGCAGCGAAAUACCUGCCGAGCGGACCGAUUUCUCGUCAUAUUGUGCUCAUAUGCUCAAUCAGGAUAAUGGUGAAUUCAAACGAAAGCUCUUACGUCGUGGUUAUUUUUUGUCAUCAUCGCUUCUCGACACCUUUGAUACAGGGUACUUCAAUCUUUCAGAGGGAGAAGCAGUUACAAUCGAUCCAUGUCAUCGUCUUCUCAUGAUGAAAUUCGUUCAUUUGAUUGAGGAUGCUGGCUAUACUUUGGAAAAAAUGCGUGGAUCACGUACUUCUGUGUAUAUUGGACAAUUCUCCAACGAUCAUACAUUUACAUCAGUUCGACUUAAACCAGAGCAGCGAACACGUUUUUUCGCUCCACAUAUACUGCUUUACAAUGCAUCAGCUCGUUUAUCAUACCAUUUCGAUCUACAUGGACCGAAUUUAUCCUUGGAUAGUGCUUGUUCAACAGGACUUCAAUCCAUUCAUCUCGGUGUACAAGCGUUGCGCACAGGUGAAGCAGACAUGGCUGUUUGUGGCAGUGUUAAUAGUGUUAUCACACCUGAGCAAAUUCUCCAUUACUCAAUCAUCGGAGCCUCUUCUGUUGAUGGACGAAGUCGAUCGUUUAGUGUCGAUGCAAGCGGCUAUGCAAAAGGUGAGGGUCUCGGUAUGGUUCUUCUCAAACGAUUAAGUGAUGCUGAAAGGGAUGGUGAUAGAAUUUACUGUGUACUACAUGAUGUCUUGAGCAAUCACGAUGGUUCUGAAGGUAAAAGUGGUUAUGUGAUACCAGCGGCCGCCGGACAAGCACGUCUCCUGGACGAAAUUUAUUCUAGAACACAGUACGAUCGAAGCCGUAUCUUUUAUGUUGAAGCGCAUGGAACAGGAACACAAGUAGGUGAUCCAAUAGAAGCUAAUGUUAUUGGUGAAUUCUUUCAACGAUCGCCUUUUGAUCCUCCAUUGUUAAUCGGAUCCAUUAAGAGCAAUAUUGGUCAUACAGAAGGAGCAGCUGGUAUUGCAUCUCUUAUUAAAGUGGCAAUGUGUAUGAAACAUAGAACCAUUCCACCAAACAUGCAUUUCAAAGCUUAUAAUCCAAAAAUUGAAGCAGAUCGAUUCAACAUGCAUGUAGUACAAACAAUGACUGCAUUUCCUCUCAUCAGUAAAGAUGAUGAAAAAGAGCAUACAGUAGCUGCUGGUAUUAGCUCAUUUGGUAUUGGUGGCAAUAAUGCUCAUGCUAUUGUCGAAGAGUAUCAUCCAAAAGAGAGAUCAAUCAAUGUAAAUGGUCAUAUUGACGGAGAAUUGUUACAGCAACAUAAUGUUUUUAUCUUUUCGACAAAAAGUGGUGAUUCACUUUACAAACAAGUGGCUUCAUUCAAUGAAUGGCUAAAAGAAAUAGAAUCGCAAGAUGAUGAACGUUCUUUUCUUGCACGUAUCUCUCAACAAUUAUUGCUCAAACGUACGAUUAGUCACGGGAAUUUGGCCAUUUUUGUUUCAACUAAUCGUACUCAAUUGCAACAACAGCUUGAUGUUUUUCUUCAAAAACAAUCAACACCAGGACUAUUAGUCACCAAACGCGUUUCAUCAAGUUUUCCUCGCAUAUGCUUUGUUUUUAGUGGUCAAGGUCCUCAAUGGUGGGCCAUGGGUCGAGAACUAUACUCAUCUGAACCCACUUUUCGACAAUGGAUUCACCGAAUCAAUGAAGAACUGAUGAAAAUCAAUGGUGGUGAAUACAAUUUACUGAAUGAAAUGAUCGAAAAAACUGAAAAAGAAUCACGUAUCAAUGACACCAAUAUCGCACAACCGGCUCUAUUUGCUCUUCAAGUAGCACUUGCAGCACUUCUCGCUUCAUGGAACAUCUUGCCCAAUGCAAUCGUAUCUCAUAGUGCAGGAGAACAAGCAGCUGCUUUUGUCUCUGGACGAGUUUCAUUGAAUGAAGCAAUUCGUAUUGUUUACAAUCGAUCACGUCUUCAACAUCGAAAUACUCGUCAAGGUGGUCGAAUGUUAGCUGUUGCUAUGAGUGAACAAGAAGUGAGAGAUUCGUUAAUCAAAGGAAUCGAACAUCUUGUAUCUGUUGCUGGUGUCAAUAGUCCACGUUCAGUGACGCUUAGUGGUGAUGAAAAAGUUAUUGAUGAACUUGAAAGCAUUCUUACAACACUUCAUCCGACAGUAUUCAAAGCUCGACUUCGGAUCGAGAAUGCAUUUCAUUCUCAUCAGAUGGAUCGUUUUGGUGUUAGAGAAGAGAUGCUCUCAACACUUGCUGACAUUCGAGGUCUUCCUCUUGAGAAUACACAAGAAAUGUUUGAUGUUCGUUGUGCACAAGCUAGACUUUACUCACCUGUUACUGGAGGUCGAAUAGAAGAUAAAACACCACUUGAUUCUCAUCAUUGGUGGUCAAAUGUUCGUCAAUGUGUUCGAUUUGGUGAUGCUAUUCAAGCAAUUAUUCAAGAUGGAGUCGUCGAUACUUUUCUCGAGUUAUCACCACAUCCUGUUUUAGCCACAUCAAUACAAGAAUGUUGCGAAAAGACAUCUACAUUUCAACCACUCAUUUUGCCUACUCUCAAACGAAAAGAGGAUGAACAGAAAACAUUGUUGACAACCAUUGCACAACUCUCAUACUCACCUGAUGUUUGGAAACAGUUUCUUUCAUCUCGAUAUGUUCAACCAGCUGAAGAUCUAGAACAUCUAUUUGAUAAUUUUCCAUUAUAUGCAUUUAACUUAACUCCUUGUUGGUAUGAAUCAAAAGAAUCUGCACUAGAACGUCUUGCUUAUCGUCUACCUUUACAUCCACUACUUGGUGUUCGUCAAUGGACAAAUCACACUUCGGCAAUAUGGAAAAGUUUAAUCAAUCUCAAUCUACCAGAACAUGCCUAUUUAUCUCAGCACAAAAUGCAAGAUGCCAUUCUUCUUCCAGCUGCUGGAUUUCUUGAGAUGGCAUUAGCUGCCUGCCGUCAGCUGUUACCAGUAGUUAAUGACGACGAAACACCACCACCAAUCGCUUUUGAGCAAGUUGAAUUUAUCAAAGCUCUUGUCCUUACCGAGAACGAAUUGACCGAAGUUAUUACACAAAUUGUGAUGCCAAUGCGUGAAUGGUUCAUUUUUAGUCGACCAUGGUCAGCAGCUGGACCAGAUUGUCGACGAUCUUCUGGUAUGGCUUGCAAUGAUUUUAUUGAUUCUUUUGUUGAUCUUCAAACAUUGAAUGCAUAUUCUCUACGUCAAUUUACUCUGCACGCACGAGGUCGUAUUGAUAUUGGUUCUCAUUUGAACAUUCAUGCCUCGUCAGCUUAUCGAUUUAGUAACGAAAAAACAUCAAAUUGGUAUAACUUGGACGUUGCUAAUCUUUACUCUCAUUUCUCUACAAGAGGAUAUCAAUAUGGUCAAGAUUUUAGAGUAAUGACUUCAAUUAAAACAACAAACUCGCAAGUAACUGGUCGAGUUGCUCCAGCUAAUGAAGAACAAAACGACAAACGUUAUCAUCUACAUCCACUUAUUAUUGAUGGUUGUUUCCACACAUUCCUAUCUAUUGUACCAGGAAUAGAAACAUGCCUUCCAGUUGCCAUUGGCAAGAUGAUUGUUUAUGGAAGUACAUUUCAUGCGUCUCAAAUAACGACUCACGGAUCUUAUCAUUCAUUUCUGGUGGGUCUUUCGCAAGAGCGAGCUUAUACUUUGGAUGCUGCUAUAUAUAAGAGUAAUGAUGAAACGAUGGAAUCCAAUGCAAAACCACUCGUUAUAUUUGAAAUGUUCAAAAUGCAACGCAUUCCUGGUCGUUGGAUACCAUCAGACAAAACCAUUUUCCAAAAAAUAAACGAAAUUGUCCAUCUCCCAAAUGGAGAUCAUAAUGAUCAUGUACAAACAGUUUUCUCCGACUUUUGUCUACAAAAGAAAUGGUCAAUUGUACCAAGAUAUUCGACUAGAACAGUCGAUCGUUUACCAUCGUCUAAUACUUUGAUGAGUGAAACAGAAAAACAAGAGAUUGAUAUGAUAAACAAUGCCAAUGAUGAUAUCAAUAAUCAACUAGCAGAAUCGAUCGAACCAUUGAAUGCUUUAGCUGGAAUGUAUGCUCUUCAAGCACUACAACAUCUUGCUUCAUUGGAAAACAUUUCACUGAUCAUUAAAGACAAGUUGUAUCAUCUUGUACGAGAAGAUGAGCCUUGUUUUAUCCAAUUAAUUGAAGCUGCUUUUUCACUUGUUCAUCAACAUAAUCUAGUUGAUGAGUAUGGCAAUACCACUGUGACAUUGACAAAUCAUUCGAUUCACUUAUUUCAAAAAGAGCUUGUUAGUCGAUUUCCUCGUCUCAAAUCAUUUGUUACUAUAAUAGAUGCAGUCGGAUCCAAACUUGGUCAAAUGCUUUUUGGUGCACAGUCUCAUGAAGAAUUAUUUACACAAAACAAGGAAACUGAGUUAGCCUUAGAAGAUGUGCAGAAUACAAUUUCGUUGUUAAAAACACAAUGUGUUUUUCAAGCACUCACCAAUCAUCUGCGCAGCAGUCAUCCAAGUCAGUUACGUAUUCUUUUAUUUGGAGUUGGUAUAAGUUCUAUUUCGGUGCCUAUUAUUCGUCAAUUGGUUGAUUUUGCCGAACAAACAGACACAUAUGUACAAGUGCUCUAUGUCGAUCUGACAGAAACAUUUCUGUUAGAGGCUGAACAAGCUUUCCAAUCUUGUGUGCCAAACGAAGCUCAUGAUAUUAUCUUUGUGGCUAGUGUACUUCAGACAACGAGUGAUAUAAAUCACUCACUUGAGUCACUUCGUCGUCUUCUUGUGCCAGGUGGCCUUCUUCUCGUAGUCGAAUUGACAUUAGCUCAUCCUUAUUUCGAUCUUAUAUUUGGUUUAUUUCCUUAUUGGUGGCGUGAUGAUCAGAGUCGUGCUCCACUGAAUGUUGAUCAAUGGAGACAAGCAUUUCAAGCAGUAGGUGGAUUUGAACCAAUGGUAGUAUCAACAAAGACGAAUGCAUUUGGAAAUUCACUAAUGAUUGUGCAAAAGUCAACCACACGAUCCAUUCUCACUCACCUCUCUGAAUGGAAAGAUCAAGCAUGGCUCGUAUUUGCUGAUCGUGCUCACAAUCUGUCACAUGCAUUCGUAUCUCAUUUACCAAGUUCUACCAUUGAAAUUCUACCAGAUACUGUUACUAUGGACCGUAUUUCUUCAACAAUUGAUGCCAUGUUGAAACAACAUAAACAAUUGCAUAUUAUAUUUGCUUGGCCACUUGAUAUAUUGCAACUUGGCCAGAAUAGCAAUGAAACAACACUUGAAACACAUGUAGAGCAGUUAUGCUACAAAUUUGUUUACAUUCUUCAAUCUAUUCAACAAUAUUAUCGACAGGAUAAUGCAUUUCCAUAUGUGUUUAUUCUUACACAAAAUUCUCAACCAAUACGUGAAAAGAGUGAAUUCAAUCCGAGAACAGCACCAUUCAUUGGACUUGCACGUAGUCUGAGCGUCGAAUGUCCACGUCACCACAUUAAGCUCAUUGACUUACAGCCGACAGCAGCCAUAUUUGCAGAAUCAUCCCAUUCUGACACCCUCAUACAGCAUAUGAUCAACUCACGAGAAGCUAAUAACCUUGAUGAAGUCGUUCUUUCGCUUGAUGCAGACAGUCGCGUUCAAUGCUUUCAAUGGCACUAUGAUUGGUUGCAAUCAAAAGAGAAGAAGGAAGUAUCACCGAAAAUGGAACGAGCAAUCGUACCUAAAAACGAUGCCGAUAAGAAUCCAUUUCGACUUCAAGUUGCAGCAUCGCGCUUUGUAUCUGACCUUGCUUGGAUGAGAGAUCCAAUGCUGACCAACAAUCUAUUACCUGGUCAAACCAAAAUCCGUGUUCACUGCAUUAGUCUUAACUUCAGAGAUAUCUUGAAAGCACGUGGUCUCUAUCCUCAUACACGAGCGUUUGGUGAACGAGAUUGUGAUCAACCUUUAGUCGAUCAUGAUUCUAGUUUUGGAACUGAUUUUAUGGGUACUGUUACUGCUUCUGAUUCGAAGGAUCUGAAGAUAGGAGAUCGUGUUAUUGGCUUUUGCAUUCCAGGUGCUUGCCAUUCUCAUAUUGUUCUAGAUACUCCAACUUUCGCACGUGUGCCCGACGAAUUUUUGUUGUCGGACGAACAAUUGGCUGCGCUGCCUAUUGCAUUUUUAACAGCUCUUCUUGCCUUAAAACAUCGUAUUAGACUUAAACAAGGCCAAAUCGUUCUUAUUCAUGCUGCUACAGGUGCCACUGGCCAAGCUUGUAUUCAGUAUUGCCAAGCAGUUGGUGCUCAAGUUAUUGCUACUGCAGGUAGUGAUGCUAAAAGAUCCUUUCUACGAAAGCAUUAUGGAAUUGAACAUGUAUUCAAUAGUCGUGAUUUAUCAUUUGUCGCUGAAAUACGUACGCUUUUUCCAAAUGGUGUUGAUGUCAUUAUUAAUUCUCUUGCCGGUAUACUUUUUCAAGAAUCAUUCAAAUUACUUGCUCCUCAUGGCCAUUUUAUUGAACUCGGCAAACGAGACGUAUUCGCGGGAACCAAUCUACCGAUUUUUGAUUUGCGACAAGAUUGUAAUUUUCAUGUCAUCGAUCUGGUAUUAUACGCUACAGGUAAACCGUACGUCAUUCAUGAAAUGUUGAACGAUACUUUGGACCAUUUCCGAAGAGGUCUAUUUAAACCAUUCGAGCCUCUGACUAUUUUUGAGCCAUCUGAAGUAAUUGAUGCAUUUAUACAGGCUAGUCUUGGUGUAUCCAUGGGGAAAAUCGCAGUUCGUAUAACGAAUUCAGAACAGCCUCUUUUACUCAAAGAGGAUGAAACGAAUACGAACAUAAGUGAAAACUCAAGAGAAGGAUCAAUGUUUCCAUCUGUAGUAUGUGAAAGUGGAACGAUCCUCGUUUCUGGUGGAUUAGGUGGUCUCGGACUCACUAUGUCUCGUUGGAUGAUAGAAGAACGAGGUGUUAAACAUAUUAUUUUAAUGAGUCGUCGUACAGUUGAACAGUUUGAAAAAGCUGAAAAUAAUCCACAAUUAGAAGAUUGGUUGCACCUUAAAGAGGUAGCAAUCAAACACAAUGCCUGCAUUAAUGUUGUUCAAGUUGAUGUAACUCGAUGCGACGAUGUUUGUGAUCUGGUGAAACGUCUUAAUCAAACAUCAUAUCCAGUGCGUGGCAUUAUACAUAGUGCUGUCAUAUCUGAUGAUAAAUUGUUAGCCAAUCUUAACCAAGAAACACUCUUUCGUGUUAUGGAACCCAAAGUGCAUGGUGGCUGGAAUCUUCAUAAAGCAUCACAGCAAAUUGGUACAACACUGCAUUUCUUUGUCAUGUUCUCAUCAAUUCGAAAUCAUUUGAUUGAUCCUGGAUCAAGUGGAUACAAUGCAGGAAAUGAGUUUUUUGAAGCUCUAGCACACUAUCGUCGUGAACAUCUGCAAUUACCAGCUCUGUCAGUGGCUUUACCAGCAGUGAGCGGAGCAGGCAUGUUCCAUCGACAACAAGCUCUUUUGAAUAGUUUACUUAUUGCUCAAGGAAUUGAGAUGUUACCUACAGUACCUACAUUCGAAUUGGUCGAACUACUUUUUAGCAUGCAAACAAACUAUUCAUCACCAGUUAUUUUUGCUGUCGACUGGCAACGACUAAAUGCUAAUAAGGCUAACUUGACUAAUCAUCAGUUGGUAGAACUUAUUGAACAGCAUGCUACUCCAGAAGGUGUUUCGAGUGUACGAGCAAAAGAUUCUAGUUUUUCAUCAACAACUCAGAUCGAAGUCAUUAUUGAGCGAAUUCGAGAAACAGUUAUGCGUCUUCUAGGAGCAUCUAGCAUUGAUCGAAUAGAUGUAGAUCGUUCACUACUCUCACUUGGUCUGGAUUCACUUGCGGCUGUUUCACUCUACAAUUGGUUAAGUCAAGAAUGGGGUGCAUUCAUUACACUAGCUGAUAUUUUUCAAGGUAUUAAAAUUGCAGAUAUUGCCAAUCAACUGCAGAAAAAACUGAUAGAACGACAAGCAGGAUCAGAAGCGACACAAACCAUGUUGUCAAGUGAUAUGGAACAGAUCGAUGAAGAUGAAAGUGACUUAGCAGCUUCUACAACGAAAAAGACUGCAUCGUAUACUGGGAUGGAAGGAGUUCUCAGAGUUUCUUUUGUCAAUGAUAGUAAAUCAGUUAUAUUCGCUAUUUCUUCUAGCAAUACUAUUACUGAUGAAUGUCUUCAAAGAUUCGUGAACAAGAAAUCAACCGUUUAUUUUCUUCAUGUGACUAUGGAUAAAGUACGUACGGAAACCUGCGUUCGCGAGGCUAUCAUUCAAAUACGUCGAUUAUAUCCUCAAGGUCCUUACUCAUUGGUGGCUUUAGAUAAUGAAAGUCAAGAUGUUAUUAAAGAAAUAGUGAAGCAACUCAAAUACUACACAAAAGCUGGUGUUAACAAUCUUGGUUAA